AUGGCUGAUGCUAAUGCAGAAUGCAAUAUCAAGGUGUUGUGUCGAUUUCGCCCACUGAACCAGUCCGAAAUUAUCCGCGGAGAUAAGUUCAUCCCAAUAUUUCAAGGAGAAGACACUGUCAUCCUCGGGGGGAAGUCGUACGUAUUUGACCAGGUGUUCCCCACCAACACCACCCAGGAGCAGGUCUACAACGCCUGUGCCAAGCAGAUAGUCAGAGAUGUACUGGGUGGAUACAAUGGGACUAUCUUUGCCUAUGGGCAGACCUCCUCGGGAAAGACACACACCAUGGAGGGGAACCUUCAUGAUCCCCAGGGAAUGGGAAUCAUCCCCCGGAUUGCAGAGGACAUUUUCGAACACAUAUUUGCCAUGAAUGAGAAUCUAGAAUUCCAUAUAAAGGUAUCCUACUUUGAGAUCUACAUGGAUAAAAUCCGCGACCUGUUGGAUGUGACAAAAACCACCCUGUCAGUGCAUGAGGACAAAAACAGAGUUCCUUAUGUGAAGGGCUGCACUGAGCGCUUCGUCACAAGUCCUGAGGAAGUGAUGGAUGUGAUAGAUGAAGGAAAAGCCAAUCGUCACGUUGCUGUCACCAACAUGAAUGAGCACAGUUCCCGGAGUCAUAGCAUCUUCCUGAUAAACAUCAAACAGGAAAACGUGGAGACAGAGCAGAAGCUGAGUGGGAAGCUGUACCUGGUUGACCUCGCUGGUAGCGAGAAGGUCAGUAAGACAGGUGCAGAGGGAGCGGUGCUGGAUGAGGCCAAGAACAUCAACAAGUCUCUGUCGGCCCUGGGGAACGUCAUCUCAGCCUUGGCCGAGGGAACGAAAUCCCACGUUCCGUACCGUGACAGCAAAAUGACUCGGAUCCUGCAGGACUCGCUGGGCGGGAACUGUCGCACCACUAUGUUCAUCUGUUGUUCUCCCUCUAGCUACAACGAUACAGAGACCAAAUCCACCUUGAUGUUUGGCCAACGAGCCAAGACCAUUAGAAAUACUGUAUCAGUGAACCUGGAGCUCACGGCAGAGCAGUGGAAGAAGAAGUAUGAAAAGGAAAAGGAGAAGAACAGGUCAAUGAAGGAGACUAUCCAGAGGCUUGAGGCUGAGCUGAACCGCUGGAGGAACGGUGAGGAUAUUGUUGUGUUGGAGCAGUUGAAUGAAGGAUUAGGGGAUGUUCCCGUGGUGCCUCCCGAAUCUGAGGAACAGGCUCUUGACAUCUGCAGCCCCUGCAGCCCCUGCUCCAUUGCGUCCUCCAUUGUGGUUCACAUUUCUGAGGAGGAGCGGCAGAAGUAUGAGGAGGAGAUCCGCAGGCUUUACAAACAGCUGGACGAUAAGGACGAUGAGAUAAACCACCAGAGCCAGAUGGUGGAGAAGCUGAAGGAGCAGAUGCUCAACCAAGAGGAGCUUCUAGCAUCAUCCAGGGGUGACAGUGAGAGGGUGCAGUCAGAGCUCGGCAGGCUGCAAACAGAGAAUGAAUCUGCUAAGAUGGAGGUAAAGGAAGUCCUCCAGGCCCUGGAGGAGCUGGCAGUCAACUACGACCAGAAGAGCCUGGAGGUCGAGGAAAAGAGCAUGCAGAACAAGCUCCUGGCUGAAGAGCUCGCAAAGAAAAUGGGUCACCUGAUGGCUUUAGAGGCAGAGCUGUCCCAUAUCCAAGAAGUGAGCAGCCACCAGAGGAAACGCAUCGCAGAGAUUCUCAACGGGCUCAUGAGGGACCUGAGUGAGUUCAGCACCAUCGUUGGAAACAAGGACAUCAAGCUGCCCAUGGAGAUCACUGGUGCGAUCGAGGAGGAGUUCACUGUGGCCCGCCUCUACAUUAGCAAGAUAAAGUCGGAGGUGAAGUCCAUGGUGAAGCGCUGCCGCCACCUGGAGAACCUUCAGAUGGAGUGUCACCGCAAGAUGGAGGAGACAGGAAGAGAGCUGUCCUCAUGUCACCUUCUCAUUUCACAGCACGGGGCAAAGAUCCGCUCUCUAACGGAGUACAUGCAGAACAUGGAGCUGAAGAAGAGGCAGCUGGAGGACAGCUACGACUCUCUGAGCGAGGAGCUAGCCAAACUCCAAGCUCAAGAGCGCAUGUCACAGAUGACCAGGGGGGAGAAUCACACGUCUGUCCAGGAUUGCUGUGAUAUAAAGAGGGCUCUGGAGCAGCAGAUGGAGUCACACCGUGAGGCACACAGCAAACAGCUUGGCCGCCUGCGAGACAAGAUCAAUGAGAAGCAGAAGAUCAUUGAUGACUUAACUGACUGUAACCAGAGGCAGCAGCUGGAGCUGGAGCAACUGCACGAUGACUUUGAACAUCUCAGGAGCCAAGAGCAUCACAAGAGCCGGCAGCUGGAGGAACUGACAUUUCUCCAUGAGCGACAUGAGCAGUCGAAGCAGGACCUCAAAGGGCUGGAGGAGACUGUUGCUCGUGAGCUCCACACCCUGCACAACCUCCGCAAGCUUUUUGUUCAAGACCUCACUACUCGAGUUAGAAAAAGUGCAGAGAUGGAGCCUGAUGAUGCUGGUGGAUAUAUCACCCAAAAACAGAAGAUUUCCUUUCUUGAAAACAACCUGGACCAGCUUACAAAAGUUCACAAACAGCUGGUGCGUGACAAUGCAGACCUUCGCUGUGAGCUUCCAAAACUGGAGAAACGUCUUCGGUCUACAGCUGAGCGAGUCAAGGCGCUGGAGGGUGCGCUGAAGGAGGCGAAGGAAGGAGCCAUGAAGGACCGCUGCCGCUACCAGCAGGAGGUGGAGCGAAUCAAAGAUGUGAUGAGGGCCCGCAAUCCCUUCCGCCGGCCCCAUGCCGCACAGAUAGCCAAGCCUGUGCGUCCUGGCCACUACCCAUCCUGCUCUCCCACCAACCCCUUCUUCAUCCGAAGCUACAGCGAUCACCCCACUGCCCUCUGCAAUGCAGUUUUCCACAACAGCAACAACCAACAACAAGCAGCUGCUUCCGCUGCGCCUGUAUCACCGGAGAGUGAGCCCCGGUUACCUGAGGCCAUCUCCAACAGGAACAGUCCCGUCAAACACCUCGACUCCCAAAACAACGACACACACAACAACAGCGCUCAGAACAACAUGUUUCCAGGUGAACCAGCGAGCCACGUAGACAACAAUACUGCCGAGAUGCUUGAUUCAGAAAACGGAAACACCACAGAUAUCAAUGACAACAGCAUGUGUCUGAAUGUGAAUUCUGUGUCCAGAACCGACAUCUAUGACAAUCAGGACCCAGCCAGAAUCUACGGCCUGCAGCCAGAGGCCUCAGCCAGCUAAUAGUCCUGAGCAGGCAGACGUCUUUUUCUGAGGCCUCCUCUGGAAAUCUGCAUGCCGCCGAUCACAGUCCUCCCAUACUCCCCUUCCUCUCCCAUCCUCACCUAUUGUAAACAGACCUCAAUCUCCCCUAUCCCUUUUCCUCCCCCUGCUUGCUCCUCAGCCACCUGUUCUCCUUCCUGUUCUAUGAAGUGUGGGGUUUAUGUGGGUAUCAGAUUGGCAAGCACUGCAUCUCAAAUGCUUGACCUGCCAGCUUACACCCAUAUUGCUGCUGCACCCCCUCCCCCAUGACUUGGAAUACAAAGGGACCACAAAUAGAAGGGUGGAGAAGAGAAGUUGCAUUGUUAUAGGUAACCACUAGGGUGUGCUGUUUGUCUCAGUGAUUGAAUCAUGGUGGACAUAAAAUCAGUAGUUUAAACAGUAAACUGAAUUUCGACUUAUCAUUAUUAUUAUUAAACAUGAUUAUGGAUCAGAAAACUCCAAGUUAAACAUGAAGACAGUGUGAACCUUGGACUCACUUUACUAAUAUUUUACAUUUUGACUAUGUUUGUUGAUUUUUUAUGAUGGUUUUCAGCUUUUUUUGGAAAAUACAUGAAGGAAGAAGAAGGCUAGUAAGGCAACAUUAUCGUGAAAUGUUUCAGUUUAAACACCAGUACAGAAGAGUCUCUGCGAAUCAGUGUAAAUGGCCAUUACACCCUUAAAAAUGAGUCGUGUCUGAAAAAUAAUACCAACAAAUUCCAAGAAAUUAAUAACCAACAGUGCAUUAGUCUGUUACUCAGUAUCCUUUGACUUCCCCAACCUGUCUGUGGCUCUCAGCCCUGAGCCUGUUUGUUCCUACCGACGAUGUAAAUCUUUAAAAAAAAAAAAAAAGGGCCUAGAAUACAUUAUUUCAUGUUUUAAAAAGUGGAUGAGGACUAUAGUUUUUAGCAAACAUUGCUCAACCUGGAGUAAAUAGUGUAUUCGUGAAGAAAUAUUUUCAGUCAUGGAUUAAUAUACAUUUGGUGCUCAAGUGAGCAUUUACAGCAGCAGCAUGGUGUAUGUGAGACUUACUCAAAAUAAACUGCCGUGCCUGUGUUUAUUGUAAUGAAAAAACAUGUUAUCCAGUGCAACAAUUGGGCUAAUUGAUGUGCACAAUGUAACAGUUUUGUAUUUUGGUACCCUUGCAGGAUAUAUUUCAGAUACCUACAGUAGAUUCCGUAUUAUAAUGUUUUUAGAGCAAAGUUCCAGUAAUGACCUCUUGAAUCUUGAUGCUUCAGCUUCUUCUGAUACUGACAAUAUGACACCAAGCACAGGGCACGCCAAUGCCCUAAAUAAAAAUACUCAAAUAUCCGGUGGUUAACUUCUGCCACCACAGCAUGUCUGACUUUUGUUACACAUCACUUGCUUUAACGAGUAUGAAAAGCAACUUCAUCUGAACCAUAUGUAAAGACGAGAACACAUUAACUCUGAUUGUUUUUAAGAGACUGACAGUGUGUGUCGUGUGUAGUAAAGAGACUUCUAAGCUGUAAAUUAUCCCUAAAAAACUGCCUGACAGGGAUUGUCUGUGAGAUAUUCAGUCAUUGUCAUGUCAUCCAAGAGCAUGGCAGAGUGAAAAAAAGGAACUGUGUAGCAACUAUUUUUAUACUGCUAGUUCUAGUUUGAAAGAAAUCUAUAUAUUAUUUAUCAUUUGCUCUAUUUUAAAUGUUAUUUAUUUGCUAUUCACUCUUAUUUCAUAGCAGUUGCUAAAUCUGAAGCAAUUCGCAGUCGUUUUGAUGUGUAAAUGUAUUAUUGUGAAAUGUAUUUCCUAUACUGCAGAAUGUUAAGGAUUUCAAAUUUCCAGUGUGUUGUCACUGAAUGAAAAUGGAUGCAGGUAUGCAGCUACCAUUUCCAAAAAAUGAAUUUGUUUAGGAGAUGACUAAUACUAUGGUUCUUUUUGAACCACCUCCGACUGAAACCAAAGCUCUGAUUGUAGUGAGUCAUGCAAAGAGGAUCUUGCUCCAUAAUAGCAUAUAUAAGCUCUGUUGGAGUCAUGAGCCAAGGGUUACUGUAGGUUAUCAAGAGCUGAUACAGCUCCGUCUUAUCCCUCUGACGCGCGCACACACACACACACACAGUAAGAUGUAGCGCCUCAUCAGCCAAUGAGGUGUCUGACUUUUGACCCCGAAAUACAGCUUUAUGACAUAUCUAUCUAUCCUGUAUUACUUGGGUGCAGUCCAAGUUAUCUGAGCAGAUAAACUGAUUGACGGACAGUGCAUUGGCACACUGAUGGUCAGUCGCUCCACGCCGUCACGCUCGCUCUGUUGACCUCCUGAUCAACCAGUCGGAAUGGGAGAGUCAAGAGUGACAGUGGAGGGACCAUGUCUUUGUGUGUACGUGCACGUGUGUGCGUGUGCGUGUGUGUGUGUGUGUGUGUGUGUUUUUGGAGAGAACAGGAGAUGUCUCUGUUUAGCAAAGUCUCUUGCUCUUUGACUUUUAGCGAUCAUUGUAACAAAACAGAACAGUAAUGCUCUAGGUCACAGCUUGCAAAUUACUUAUUAAAUAAUUACUGGGUAUCAUACUGGGUACAGGGAAAAAGCAUAUAAAGGGGUUACAAGUUUGUAUUGAGGGACCUAGAAAUAAAUUACACGGUAAGUACUUUUUCAAUUACUUGGUACAAACAGAACAUGUAUUAAAUAAUUACAUAAUAAGUAAUAAAUAAGUACAUAAAGGGUACCAAAAAGUGUGGCCUAAAUGCUCUUUUAUAAUAGCUAUGUCAUGAAAACACAGGGAAAAAAACGUUAUUAUAAAUUUUAAAAUAAAAAUAUACAAAUAGACAAAACUAUAUUACUGUUCCCUAGUAAUUUAUCAUUAUUUUAAAAAACAUAUACAAGUGCUUCGUAUUUAAAUAGUUUUUAAAAUUUAAUUUCCCAAAAGUAUAUUUUAUAUCAUUAUUUUAAAAUAAAUUAUACCAUAUCUAAAACAGUUUCAAUAUUGGCACUAUUAUCCUAAUUUGUCUAUAUUGUUACUUAGUAAUAACAUAAAUUAACCCUUUAAUUAUGAAAUAAAAACUUAGUAAUAAAAAAAAUAUUUUUAAAAUACUUACUUUUUUUUCUAAAUCCCUCUUAAACGCAAAAUUCGUAUCCCCUUAUACUCGCACCUAUACUGUAGUUACCCGAGUAUUUUAUUGAUACCGUGUAUAUGCAAAAUUAUUACGCUGCAAAGUACCAACAGACUCAUUAUACUGAGACUUAUUAUAAAUGCAUGGAGCACUUUAUCAUAUUGUUUUUUUAAUGCUUUCCUUUUUUGUUCCUCUUAACCACCCUUUACUCUGAGUAUCUAAUAAUGCAGCUGUUUGACUUUCUCCAAAGAGUGAAAAAAGGUC